AUGCCAGGCUCGCUGUUCCCGCGCUCGCCCUCUCUCGAACCCGACCUGCAUCGCGAAAAGCAGGACGCGCGCCGCGUUCAUUUCCCACCGGGCGUACCCAGCCCGAAACAUCGCUCACUCUACGCUCCCGCCUCUUCAGACGCGGGGCCCUCGCAUUCUCAGCACAGGCUCUACCCCGACCUUCCAUCUGAGCAUGCAGAGCCACCUCGUACGCCUAGUUCGCCCUUCCGGCCGCCACUUGUCGGCUCUGUCAAGGAGGCCGUGCGGAUGUUCCGCGAUGAUCCAGACGAAGCAAACCCUGAACUGCUACUCCCGAAGGAGACCACGUCGCCGAUCAGUAAGAUCCGCAGCCCGUCGCGGAGGCACGGAAGCGUGCGCAGCGACGAGCGGGGCUCGCCCGCGUUCUCGCCCGGAUCACCCCGUAAAGACAAGGGCAAGGGCAAGGCACGCGAAGGCGAUCUAUCUCGUCACGAGGUUCAGGAUUUCACCUCAGAGCUUCCGUCUCAAGAUGAGGACGAAGAGGAACACUCACGCGAGCACUACGGAGAUAUCUCCUUAGGCACGAUGCGCACCAAGGUUCGAGGCAAGGAGCUCGAACUCGACAAGGCUCGUGAGCGCGAAAGACAAAGAGACGAAGCUGGCUCGGACGCUGACCAUGACGACGACGAGCGUCGCCGAGAUAAGCAGCGUAUCCGCCUGCUCGAGGAGGAGAUUCAACGGUUAAGGGCAGAGCUUGCAAAACGACCAGUCGAAUCAAGCUCCUCGCAAUCUACGAUUGCAUCCAGCCAGGAAACCUACAUACCGCCUCCGCCGCCACCACCGCCCCUGCCUUCAAUCUCCACAGCAACCAUGACCCCCCGCACAAUCAUCCUCUCGCGCUCUCAGACCCACCCUACGCAUUCCUCGACGGAUCCACUCCUCGCAGCUGCACGCGCCUCACUCAAACACACCGAGCCGCCGGUCGAGGCUCCCAUAAACCCGCUCAUCCCCGUGCCGGCCUCGCGCGCCAAGCGGACCGGGCGGCCGACUGUCGCGCUCAGCCACGACAAGAUGGCCGCGUUCCUGCAGGAGAUGAAGAGCGUGCGCCUCCGGAAGGUGUACCACGACGUCGAUGGCGGGCGCGCGAGGGAGUACGACCCGGAUGCGUCGUUCGCGGGCGCGAAUGUCACGUUUGCGGCACCGGCGGACUGGGGCGCAAGCUGGAAAGAGGCCGGGAAGGAAACCGAAGCGGAAGGCAAGAGAGCGGAGGCAUCGCGGCCGUUGAGGAGGCGGGCGACGAUUGGCGGGACGGCACCGAGCCCGGAGACCACCGCGAAGGGUAAUACGGCGACGAGUCACAUGCGUAAAGAGGGUGCGAUUAUCGCCAGGAGGGCUGGAGGAACAACGCAGACGACCGCGCAGCCGCCGAAGCAGGACGCUAACGUCAAUACCGGAACGGUUGUGCGUCAAGACAGGGUGGACACUGGCACGGAGGGUCACGGGGCUGGUUCUAGGACGAGCGAGAAGCGGAAGAGGCAGGAAUCCGACGCCGGUGCCGUCCACGAGCGAGACACGCGGAGUGUGCCCAAGAAGCGGAUGGCAGAGGCCUCUGCCGAGCUCUCCACGUCGACGACGUUUACGGAGCCUUCCACGAACCAGCCGCGGCAUCACACGGCCUGGCUUCGCAAGUCGGCGUCAAACCCGUCGUUCAAGCCGUCACGCAUCCCGCGACUUGCGUCGUCUUCCGAGAAGGAUCAGCAGGCGACGCCGUCCUUGUGCUCCGACAACGAGGCGGAGCAGGACGGCGAGACGAGCUCGGACAAGAUGCCAGCCACCCCGCCCGGGGGCCCCACCCGCCACGCCGCCGAGAACCCCUCGCCCGUUGCGCUCGAUGAUACCCGGUCUGCACCGCAUGUCAACCCACGCAAUAGGACGAUCUCCGCCGUCCGUGAGGACGUGUUCGCCAAGAGGCCGCCGACGUCGCCCAUCCCGCGCGACACGCCGAGCAGGCCCCGACCUCCGGGCAGCGUGCGCAAAAGCCGUUCGCUCUCGCAGCCAACGUCCAUCGCCAGGACGGAGAGCGAUGAUCCCCUCGCGCUGCCAGCCACCAUGCCUCCUCCCGCUCGCCCGGCUGCUUCCCGAAUUCCGCAGCGCCACGCGCAGCCAUUCCGACCGAAGCGGCGCUCGCGCGGCUCACCAUCGCCGCCCCCACCUUCGCGUCGGCAGUCUGCGCCCGUCCCGGCCGUGGACGACAUGGACGUCGAGCGCCGGCGGUUCGCGAAAGCUGCCCGGGACAAGAAUGCGGACAAGCUCCCGGAGCAGACCCCCGACCUAAGUCGGUCCGUGCGUCGCUCCUCGCUCGCGCAUCUGCAGCGGCAACGCGACGCGGAGGAGGACAGCUUCUGGGGCGUACUGGAGGCCGAGGAGAUGGAGGUGCCCCUGCGGGACGAGGGAGAAGAGGAUCUUGACGUGGACAGUGGCGUGCUCGUCGCCGUCGGCUCGCGAAGCAAGAAGCGCGGGUUUCUUGCGCAUGGAGGCGCCGGCGGGCCCUCGGUCUUCAUGGGUGUUGGCUACGUCGACGGAGCUCAAGAAUCUGACGUGACCUCGGAGUGA